UCUUCCCAGCUGCGUUGUUGUAGGCACGUUAUUGCAAGCAUGGCCGGGGACACUGAAACACAUCUGAGUGACUAUGCCGAAAAUAACAACGUUAUCCGACAGCCAUUCCUUAUCGGAGUGUCUGGAGGCACUGCCAGUGGCAAGUCGUCGGUGUGUGAGAAGAUCAUGGAGCUUCUGGGCCAGAACGAAAUCGACCACCACCAGAGACAGGUAGCCAUCCUCAGCCAGGACAGUUUCUACAGAGAGCUGACUCCAGAACAGAAGGCAAAAGCACUCAAGGGCCAGUUCAACUUCGAUCACCCAGAUGCCUUUGACAAUGAGCUGGUCAUGAAGACUUUGUGGCAGAUCAUGCAGGGGAAGACCGUACAGAUCCCUGUGUACGACUUUUUCACCCAUUCCAGGAAGGAUGAGUUUGUGACUGUGUACCCGGCUGACGUGGUGCUGUUCGAGGGCAUCCUGAUGUUCUACUCCCAGGAGAUAAGAGACCUGUUCCAGAUGAAACUGUUUGUAGACACGGAUGCAGACACGCGGCUCUCACGCAGAGUGCUAAGAGACAUAGGUGAACGGGGCAGGGACCUUGAGCAGGUUCUUACUCAAUACAUCACAUUUGUCAAACCUGCCUUUGAGGAGUUUUGUCUUCCAACUAAGAAGUAUGCUGACGUGAUCAUCCCUCGUGGAGCAGAUAACUUGGUGGCAAUAAACCUGAUAGUACAGCACAUCCAGGACAUUCUGAACGGCGGACUGACCAAGCGGCACAACGGCUGCAUGAACGGGCACAGCACGCCCUCCCGGCAACGACGGACCUCAGAGUCCAGCAGUCGCCCUCAUUGACCUCCUUUGUAUUGGAGGCAGAGUGUGAUUAGAUCUGUACAUAAUUCCCAAUGGCAUUGCCGUAUUUAAGAUGGAGGUAGGCUACGUCCUGAUUCUCUACCCUGUUACCAGAGUGUGCACUUACACACUUCUGGUCCUUGUAGGAGACGUGUAGAGAAUUGGGACGCAGCCAAAGAGUAACUACAAUGCUUAUUAUUAUUAUUAUUAUUACUACUACUACUGUUAUUACAGGUACUUUUAUUGUAAUUGUUGGAUUUGGUUCAGGCGGGGAGAGAGAACCUCCGGUUUUUGCAAUGAGAUCAUGUGUUAAGAAUUACCCCCUUUUUGUUUUCAUCCGUUUAUUUCAAAUUUGUAUUUCAUAUAGUUUGCUUUUUGACAGAUUGAAUAAAAUGGGGAAACUGGUGUUGUCGAAUGAGAAUUAAACCCUAAAAUCACAGUC